CUUGUUUUUGGGACGCCAUGCUCUGUGUCUGCUCUCCUGGGGCAUGAACAGAAGCAGCGGUCGAAUCGAGUUGCUCAUUGAGUGAUGCUCUUGGUCCGGAAGCUCUAAAUAUGCACAGGAGCAGUUGCAUCAAUAAUAAUAUGCGUAUCCCAACAUCACCAAUGUCUUUCUCCUCGAAUAGCGGUAACAUGCCUGGUUCAUUAGUUCUUGAUGGCUCUGCUUCAAUGCAACACUUACCUCAGCAGCAGCAACAACUACAACAACAGCAAGCAGGCCAAGGUUCAGUUCCAAUGAGGGAAAACAAUUAUUCCCAUGUGGAUAAGAAACCCAGAUUAGAAGUGAAGCACGAAGACUUGUUGCAGCAGCAGAUUUUACAGCAGUUGAUCCACCGCCAGGACCCCACGGGAAGGAAUCCUCAGUUACAAGCUUUGCUUCAGCAGCAGAGACUCAGGCAACAUCAGCAGAUUCUUCAAUCCAUGUCACCCUCUCAGAGGCUCCAACUUCAGCAACAGCAGCAGCAGUUGAGACAGCAAUUACAGCAACAAGGAACUCAACAGAUUCCUCCUAAUGUACGUCCUUAUGAAGUUGGCGUCUGUGCUCGGAAAUUGAUGAUGUACUUGUAUCAUCUGCAGCAACGACCUGCUGAAAAUUGCAUUACCUAUUGGAGGAAAUUUGUGGCAGAAUACUUCUCACCUCGUGCAAAGCAAAGGUUGUGCUUGUCACAGUACGAAAGUGCUGGGCACCAUGCGCUUGGCAUGUUUCCACAGGCAGCUCCGGAUAUGUGGCAGUGUGAUCUUUGCGGCACCAAGUCUGGAAAAGGAUUUGAAGCAACUUUCGAUGUGCUUGCCAGACUUAUUGAAAUCAAAUUUGCAAGUGGCAUCAUUGAUGAGCUCUUAUAUCUGGAUCACCCACGAGAAAACAGAUUUCCCAAUGGACUGAUGAUGUUAGAAUAUAGAAAAGCAGUUCAGGAAACUGUACACGAGCAGUUCCGUGUUGUCCGUGAAGGCCAUCUUCGCAUCAUAUUCUCUCAAGAUCUGAAGAUACUGUCUUGGGAGUUUUGUGUUCGGCGUCAUGAAGAGCUUCUUCUUCGCAGACUUAUUGCUCCGCAGGUGAACCAGUUACUUCAGGUUGCACAGAAAUGCCAGAGCACGAUUUCAGAGAGUGGUUCAGAGGGAGUUUCUCAGCAGGAUUUGCAGUCAAACAGUAAUAUGGUCUUGGGAGCAGGACGGCAGCUGGCAAAGUUCAUGGAAUUACAGUCUCUGAAUGAUCUUGGCUAUCCAAAAAGAUAUAUCAGAACUCUACAGAUAUCUGAAGUUGUCAAGAGCAUGAAGGAUCUGAUGAAUUUCAGUGGCGAGAACAAAAUCGGCCCUAUCGGUAAGUCUAGAAUUCCCAUCUACAACAUUCUUCUUGAAUGGGACCCAAAACGAGGUUGCCCCUCUGGUCCUGCUUAUGUCCCUUAUACAGAGGGGUUAAAACAGCUUCUGGAACAGACAGCGACAGUGAAGCUCCAGAGACAGAAAAUGCUAGAGAUGGAGCAGUUUGGGAAUAGUGGAGCUAUGAGUGGGCCAGCUCAAGCUCAAAUGGCGUUAUCUUCAGGCACGAUGAGCGGUGCAACUGCCAACAGCAACCCCAGUAAUCGAAAUCAAAUUGUUGGUCAUGGAGCUAUGAAUGGCUCAGCUCAAGCCGCAGCAGCUCUGACCAACUACCAAAGCAUGCUUAUGAGGCAAAAUGUUAUGAAUCACCCAAAUUCAAAUACGGGAAAACAAGAGGAGUUCUCGAGUCAGAACCAAACCCCGAUUUCAAACCAGAGUCCAUCUUCUUCGUCAGAUCAGAGGCAGAACUUAGCUACAGGUGGAUUGUCCAGUUCUCUUCAAAUGCAACAGCAGCAGCGCACCAUGAAUGGGGCUCCAAACAUGCCUCCGCAGAAUCAUCCUCAUCAGUUGCAAUCACCACAUUCACAUGGUAACACUCGGGAGCAGCAGAUGCUUCAUCAGCUGUUGCAGGAGAUAUCUAAGAAUGGAGCGAGUGUGCAACAGCAACAAGCCUUUUUGGGUCAAAGUGGUAGCAACAGUAACGCAGAGAGAAACACAACUGCCUCUACUUCCAACAUCUCAGGAGGAGGCCGAGUUCCAAGCCGCAACAAUAGUUUUAAAGCAGCCUCAGACAACAACCUUCCUUUUUCAGAAGAUAUAUCGGACCAUGAUUUCUCAGAAGAUGGCUUCUUCAACAACAGUGAUAUCUAUGGUGGCUUGUAAUAUCCCCGACAGAACAGAGGCAUUGUUACUUUGACUUAACACAGUGAAAGAGAAUUUAGGGCUUAUUUUUCUCAUUUAGGUUGGUCUUUGUAUAGAAACCAAAGAGAUAUGAGACCAAAGGAGUUUGUGAUUUGUUGUAACCUACGUCUACCCAUUGGCACUUUAGCUUCUUCUUCUUUUUCCCCUUUUAGUGAUAGUGAGGUGAAAUCUUAGAUUUUGAUUUCUGCUAACACACUAUCAAGUAAUCUUAUUUCUUUUUUAUGCUUUUACUUUGAUAACAAUCUGUUUAUAGAAAGGAAUUUUACAUUAUUAAAUAGUAAUACUUGUU